GAGAGAGAGAGAGAGAGAGAGAGAGAGAGAGAGAGAAAGAGAAGAAGGAGAGAGAUAGAGAGACUCGGCCAGCUGGUGUUGCGAAUUCGUGAUCUCGUCACGAACGCCAAGAAGUAUCAUCCGCGAAGCGCCAGGAACUCGUGGUGAGCGAUAAUAAUCGCUCGGGGAAGCUCAGCGGCGGCUGCGACGAUCCCGUGCCAUCAUCGCAGCGACAAUGGCAAAGACAUACGAUUAUUUAUUCAAGCUGCUGCUGAUCGGCGACUCCGGCGUAGGCAAGACUUGCGUGCUGUUCCGAUUCUCCGAGGAUGCGUUCAACACCACCUUCAUCUCGACCAUCGGCAUUGACUUUAAGAUUCGUACCAUCGAAUUGGACGGAAAGAAAAUUAAGUUACAAAUAUGGGACACCGCUGGACAAGAAAGGUUUCGCACCAUAACUACAGCAUACUAUCGUGGCGCGAUGGGAAUCAUGUUGGUAUACGACGUUACAAAUGACAAAAGUUUUGAAAACAUUAAAAACUGGAUUCGUAAUAUAGAGGAGAAUGCGUCAGCGGACGUAGAAAAAAUGUUAUUAGGCAAUAAAUGUGAGCUUACAGACAAGAGACAAGUGACGAAGGAAAGAGGCGAACAACUGGCUGUGGAAUAUGGCAUUAAGUUUAUGGAAACCUCAGCGAAAUCUAGUAUCAAUGUGGAAGAAGCUUUUUAUACUCUGGCACGUGAUAUCAAAGCGAAAAUGGAAAAGAAAUUGAAGGAGGCAUCGAACCCACCGAAAGGCGGCGGUCAUCAAUUGAAAGCUUCAGAACCACAAAGGAAGCCACCUAGUUGGCUCGCCCGUUGUACUAUACUCUGACCCCCCAAAUAUUUUCAAUUGUUCAAGGAGGCGCAUCUAUUUACUAUCAUUAUUUACUUAUGUUCAUUUCGUCGAACAAAACCGAUGUUUUGUGGAACUUUUCACAUCCCAAGUACCGGGUAUAGUGGGUUUAUUCCUUGACAAUGAAACGCAUCGUAUUAAAGACUCGGAAAUUAUCUAUAUGAAUGUAUUUUUUUGCCGAAGAAACCCUCAGAGGAGAAAGUAUUAAAAUGUUUUAUUUUUAUUAUAUAGAAAGGGAGUACAUACCUGUUAAUUCAUGCAAUUUUUACAAUUUGUUAUGCAAACAUUUUCUUGUUAUUCAAUAUAAUUAAAGGGACUUAGGUGAAACAGUUUCGCGUUGGUUUAUGUUGACAGGAUUUAUAUCCUAUUGAUGUGAUUUAUAUCCUAUCGUAUUUCUUAACCCUAAUUGAUACUCGCUCUAAAAUUUCCUUAACUGAAAUUUACGGAUCCAAUUUACUAUAAUAAAUUACUGUAAUAAAUGCACUUUAAAGUAUAUCUUUGCUUAAAGUUAAUGACUUUUUUAUUUGAAAGUUAAAAUCCGAGGAAUAAGCUUAUGUA